AUGAAACUACUUUCAAUCGCUCACACGAUAUUAUGCAUGUCGAGCUUUGCUCUCGCAGACUACAACCCUGCAGUAAAGACCAACCUAGCUGUAUACUGGGGUCAAAACUCUGCGGCUCAGCCCACGUCUCAAAACCGACUCUCGACAUACUGUGAAGACACCAACAUCGAUAUCAUAAUCCUCUCAUUCGUAGUGUCCAUCAACUCUGGAAAAGGCGAGCCUGAACUCAACUUUGCAAACCAGCAGGGAAAAUGCGACGAGUCAAAGCAACCACUCAUUUGCCCAGAAAUAGAAGCCGACAUCAAAACCUGCCAGUCCAAGAAGAAAACCAUCCUCUUAUCAAUCGGCGGCGCCAUCAGCGCCGAUCCUGGCUUCCCCGACGCUCCAGCCGCCGUGCAUGCCGCAGAAAAGAUAUGGCAGAUGUUCGGCCCCAACCAGGGGAAGAGUGGAAUUGCCCGGCCCUUUGGCAGCGCCUCUGUCGAUGGCUUCGACCUGGACUUUGAGCACUCGAUGCCUAAUGGCGCCGCCUUUGCGAACGCCCUGCGCGCCCAAAUGCAAGGCACCGCAAGUCACGACAAACCUUUCUACCUCACAGCCGCUCCCCAAUGUCCCUUAGAUCCGAUCCCCCUGGCGCAAAAAGAAAUUUUAGAAAAUGUCCAUUUCGACAUGGUCUUUGUGCAAUUCUACAACAACCCGCAAUGCAACACGGGCUCGGUACCCAACUUCUCGGCCUGGAGCGAUUGGGCUAAGAGCAAGAAUUCGACGUUUUUUGUCGGACUGCCGGCGGGUAAGACUGCGGCGUCGAGUGGUUAUGUGGAGCCAGCAAAUCUUGGUGCUUAUCUUGAGAAGGCGAAGGAGAGUGAGAAGAUGGGAGGUGUUAUGUUGUGGGAUGCUAGUCAGGCUUGGGGAAAUGACAAGUAUCAUAACAAGGUUAAGACGGCGCUGAACGGGGCGAAAACGAAGAGGUCAAGCAGGUUUGGUCUUGCGAUCUAA